AUGUUAAAAACUAUAACAAUGGAGAAAAUAUCAAUGAAGUUUGCUUUUGUUAUUUUAUUAGCUGUUAUGGCAAUAGUUACAAAUGUUGAAGCAAAACGUUUAUUCACUGAAGAAGCUCCUAAAUUUGGGUUGCAUCAUGAAGCUUCAUUGAAGAUAGUACAACCACCAACACAAACAAAAAAGCUGGAUUGCAAGUCAGACUGUAUAGCAUGUCUCCCAUUUAGCCCAUGGGGUCAGCCAAAAUGUUUUUGUGUAUGCUGAUUUCUAAUAUCAAAUUAAUCAAAUAAUUAAAUAUUUUUAUUUAACUAUAAAUCUUAUUUGAUAUUUUCAUCUAUAUUUUAUUAUGUAUAAUUUGAAUAUGUCAGUGUUAAUAAUUAACAUGAUUCCGAC